AUGUUUAGAUCAAAGAUAUUGCAACAACUACCGUUGUUCAAGAGCUCAACUACACCGAUCAAAAAACAGUUUCAGUUUAGAACUUUUGUUCAAAUACCGAAAACCCAUUUUCAUUUCAAAUACAAACCUCAAACUCAGUUUCAGAUACAAAUUAGAAAAUAUGCAUCAUAUAGAAGGUUUAAUGGUUCAAGCAACUCAUCAUCUAACAUAUAUGAACUUUACUACAAGAUAUUAACAAGUAGAACGACUUUAUACGUUGGAGGUGGAUUAUUAGUAUUUUAUAUUUAUAAUCUACAUGAAGCACCGUAUACUCAUAGACGUAGAUUUAUAUGGAUACCAUAUUGGAUAGAAACUAAAAUAGGAGAUUAUUCUUAUAAUCAAAUAAUGGCACAAUAUGGAUCAAUGAUAUUACCACAUUCAAACCCUUUAUAUGCAAGAAUAUCAUCAAUAAUGAAUAGAUUAUUAGCAACAGCAAUUGCAAAUGAUAAAGAAAAUAAAAAUCAACAACAACACCUAAAAAAUUUACAUUGGGAAAUUAAUAUUAUACAAAAUGAUAAAUUACCACCAAAUGCAUUUAUUCUACCAAAUGGUAAAAUCUUCAUAUUCAGUUCGAUUUUACCUAUAUGUGAAAAUGAUGAUGGUAUAGCUACUGUAUUAGCUCACGAAUUAUCGCAUCAAUUAGCUCAACAUUCAAGUGAACAAUUAAGUUCUCAACCAAUAUAUAUGUUCUUAUCAACUGUUUUAUACUCACUAACAGGUAUAUCAUGGUUUAAUGAUUUAUUAAUUAACGGUAUAUUCACAAUGCCAGCAUCUAGAGAAAUGGAAACUGAAGCCGACCAUAUUGGUUGUGAAAUAUUAGCUGCUAGUUGUUUUAAUCCCGACCAAGCUAUUUUAUUUUGGCAAAGAAUGGGUAGAACAGAACAAAAAUUAGCAAGACAACAAGGUGGUGGUGAUUCAGGUAUGGUUGAAUGGUUUUCUACUCAUCCUGCUGCUACAAAAAGAAUUCAUGAUAUUGAAUCUUGGAUGCCUCAUUUAAGAGAAAUUAGUGAAUCUAGUGGAUGUUAUGAGUAUGGGAAAUUUCAUAAUUUUAAUACUAAUUUUUUUAAAAGAUAA